GACCGCGGCCAUGGAGGGAGGGAAAAAGCGCCAGGAUAAAGACACAUCAAAAGGAAAAAAGACAUAUCAGGAUGCUUCAGGCACGGCUCCAGCAGAAGAAAAGGCAAAGCCAAAAGGCCGUAACACGUACAGACUGGAGCCACGUACUAAAGUUCAGGACAGUUUAAUAAGAGACAAAGCUCAAGCAAUACUAACGAAUAAACUACAAGAAGCCACAUAUGAUGGAGCUUCUGGUCCCUUCUUGUGUGCUUCAGUCUCAGAAGAUAUAUUAAAGGCUGUGAAGGAAUUGGACUAUGACCGUUAUAAGUAUGUGGUAUCAGUGCUAAUUGUGGAAAAGGCAAACCAGGCAAUGAUUGUUGCCAGCAGAUGCCUCUGGGAUGAUCAAAGAGACACUUGGGUUUCAGCUAAAUGUGAAACCGAUACAUUUAUUGCACUGGCUUUGGUAAUGGCUUGUUAUUACGACUAAAACUCUGAAAGUCACAGCUGCACUCCUGCAUCACAAUACGUGGUAUAUUUGAAAAUUUUCAAAGCAUCAUUAUUUUAGUAUUUGUUUUUGUCCAGUUGCUGUUGGCACAUUCAAACAGACGUACACUUGAGAUAA